GAGAGAGAGAUAGUGCGUGUGUGUGUCAAAGCAGAGCAUUAAUGGCGUCAACCUCCUUAACUUUCUCUCCCUUGCAGCUCCGGCACACGGCGCACAGCCGCGGCGCGCCCCGGCGCGGAGCCCCCGCGCUGCGCCUCCCCGCCCACCGCCGCCGCCGCGUCGCCGCCUCCGUGUCGGAGAGACCGGCUGUGCCCCCGGCGGUGGUGGCCUCCCCGGACCCCAAGCCCAAGCUGCCGCUCCGGAAGAUCCCGGGGGACUACGGGCUGCCGCUGGUGGGGCCGUUCAAGGACCGCCAGGACUACUUCUACAACCAGGGGCGGGACGAGUUCUUCAAGUCCCGCAUCCAGAAGUACGGGUCGACGGUGUACCGGGCCAACCUCCCGCCCGGCCCCUUCAUCUCCCAGAACCCGCGCGUCGUCGUCCUCCUUGACGGCAAGAGCUUCCCCGUCCUCUUCGACGUCACCAAGGUCGAGAAGCGCGACCUCUUCACCGGCACCUUCAUGCCCUCCACCGAGCUCACCGGCGGCUACCGCGUCCUCGCCUACCUCGACCCCUCCGAGCCCGCCCACGCCAUGCUGAAGAAGCUCAUGUUCUUCCUCCUCAAGCACCGCCGCGACCACGUCAUCCCCGAGUUCCACUCCAGCUUCACCGAGCUCUUCGAGGUCCUCGAGGCCGAACUCGCCUCCAAGGGGAAGGCGGGCUUCGGCGAGCCCAACGACCAGGCCGCCUUCAACUUCCUGGCCCGAUCGCUCUACGGGGUCAACCCGGCGGACACCAAGCUCGGGCUCGACGGUCCGAAGCUGGUCGGAAAGUGGGUGGUGUUCCAGCUCGCCCCGCUCCUCGUCCUCGGCCUCCCGAAGCUCGUCGAGGACCUCGUCAUCCACACCUUCCGCCUCCCGCCCUUCCUCGUCAAGGAGGACUACAAGCGGCUCUACGACUUCUUCCAGUCCUCCUCCGGCCCCGUCCUCGACGAGGCCGAGCGGAUGGGGAUCUCGCGCGAGGAGGCUUGCCACAACCUCCUCUUCGCCACCUGCUUCAAUUCGUUCGGGGGGAUGAAGAUCUUCUUCCCCAACAUGAUCAAGUGGAUCGGGCGGGCCGGGGUGAAGCUCCACACCGAGCUGGCCCGGGAGAUCCGGUCCGCCGUCCGGGACGCCGGCGGGAAGGUCACGAUGGCGGCGAUGGAGCGGAUGCCCCUGAUGAAGUCGGUCGUCUACGAGGCCCUCCGGAUCGAGCCGCCGGUGCCGCUGCAGUACGGGAAGGCGAAGCGGGACCUGGUGAUCGAGAGCCACGACGCCGCCUACGAGGUCAAGGAGGGGGAGAUGAUAUUCGGGUACCAGCCCUUCGCCACCAAGGACCGGCGCAUAUUCGAGAGGGCGGAGGAGUUCGUGCCGGACCGGUUCGUCGGGGACGACGGCGAGAGGCUGCUCCGGCACGUCCUGUGGUCGAACGGGCCCGAGACCGAGAGCCCGAACCUGGGGAACAAGCAGUGCGCGGGGAAGGACUUCGUGGUAUUGGUGUCGCGGCUGCUCGUGGUGGAGCUCUUCCUCCGGUACGACUCCUUCGAGAUGGAGGUCGGGGCGUCGGCGUUGGGGGCGUCGGUGACCCUCACGUCGCUCAAGCUAGCCACCUUUUGACCAACCCAAAAAAAGAAUAGUUUUAAAAAUCGACACGAAAGGAAAAUCUGAAGGAUAUGUGUCAGCUACUUCUCGCACGAGCAAUUCUGGGUCUUGAAAAGUGACUAAACUUUUUUAUUUAAAUUCGUACUCACCUAGCACAUGCCCGAAAAGCUAGUGGGACUUUACUCCAAUGGGUCCAAUGUUUGGGAUAGUGGAGGAUGACGGGGGCAGUGGAGGAUUUAGCACUAGCAGCCUUUCUUUGUACAAAAUUUCGGGUUAGUGAUGUCGUUCUUUCUUCCUUUUUCCUCCUUUUUUUUAAUAAUUAUUUUAAUUUGUUGUUUUCUUUCAUAUGUCCUGUUUCUUUUGGGGCACAAAGUAUGGGUGGGCACGACAUCCUUAGUGGUUGGUGGCGGUGCGUCUUUUUGUACAGAGAGGUGCUCCGUAGAUAAUAGGAACAUGUGAAAGUUGAAGCAUGAAUUGGAGGUCUCUUUCGCUCUCUCUAUUGUAUGCUUUGGUGCGACGACGGGUGUGUCACUUUGGAAAAGCGACGAACUGUUGCUCGUGCAUCGAAACAAAGAACACGAGAUUCUUGUUCGAGUAUUGAUUUAUUCAUUGGGGUAAAGGGGCCGGGAUCAAACGGACAAAUCGCGAUCCGAACGGGACGAUCGGAUCGCACGAGUGAGAAAGAGGGCCGGGAGCGGGCAUCCUCGAUUCGAAAUAAAUCUGGGUGUCGGGAAUUCGUUUCGCCUCGGAUCGGAAUUAGAUCCUUUUUAUAUGCGCAAUCCGUAGCUUGAUAGCGGGUAAAGCAUGGCUCUUAUUUUAAUACAAAUCCAGGGUUUAUGUUAUUUUA